AUGGCAGAUAUUUUUUUUGAAUAUGGCAUUCCAUUUCCUUUUUAUCACAUAAAUUUUGUUUUUCCAGAUAAAAAAGACUUACCAGAACCAAUAAAAUUUCCUAAAUCUUCUUACAACUUAACAUUCAGUCGUACUAUUUUUAAUGGAAGACUAAAAGUAUUGUCUGAAAAUACUUUUGCUUUGUACCAAGAAUCAAAACCAAGACUUACUAUAGUCGGUAAUAAAUCUUUAACAUUUUGUUUAAGAGGAAGUAUAAUAAAAAUUGAAUCUACCCGGUCAUAUGUUUAUAUUAAAACCAGAAAACAUUUUUAUUCUUACGACUAUACUACUUUUAAAGUCUGGGAUCUAGAAAUCGAAGAUUUUUGUAUUAUCGAUGAUAUUUUGUACGUCGUACACAAAAAUUUUAUUAGUGCGUUUAACGGCGAAAAAAAUAUCGCGCGCACGAUGUGUGAUAAGAAUAUUCGCUUUAUUAGGGGAACAACUAAUAAUCUAGUAAUAGUUACAAAAGAUUAUAAAGUAAUAGUUUUAAACAGAUACAGUAUUGAUUCUGGUAGACUAGUAUAUCAUAAUGAAUCAAUUAUUGGUAUAGAAAUUUCUGAAGACUUAAUUGCUUUAAAAACGCCUUCUCUUAUUAUUGUUGUUGGUUACUUAAAUAAAAAAGUAGAAAAAAUCAGAUGCGAAGGAAGUUUUAAGUUAAAAAUGUGGAAUAAUGUUAUUGUUGUUAAUUUAAGAAGAGGAGCUUUUAAAUAUUUUGAAAUAAAAAAUUUACAAAACAGUAAAACUGUUUUAUAUGAAGAAAUUAUUGGAGAUUUUGAUAUAUUUAGAGAAGAUUUAUAUGUAUUGACAAGAUCGGGAAUUUAUUCGUGGCAAAAAGAUAAUAAUUUAUUUAUUAAGUUAAACGUUAUAUGGAAAUUUUCUUUAUUUUUCAAUACAAUUUUUAAGCAGCACUACGUUUUACCGGAUCCAGAAAAAAAAACCAAACUGGAUUUUUUAGAUCUUGGAAUUAACGAAUUAAUAAAGAAAGACAAGCAAAGGUUGUUUAAUAAAAAAACAGAAGAAGAUAAAACCACAUUCAAAUUUGAUAUAAAAGAUAGAAAGAAAACUAAGAGGGGUGGUUUUUAA